CCUUUUCCCCCGUCUCUGCUUCCUCGUAUCUAUUUCGUGUUAAGCGCAUUCCAUUUACAUUUCAAUAGCCGGAGCGUUGCCCUGGUGACUGAAGAAUUUUCUCAGCAACCAAACAGGUUCCAAUACUCUUUCUUUCACUAGCAUCAACCAAUUCAUGUCCCCAUCUUCGAUACAAUGAUUUUCUCAAGAAUCGGACGCUCUCUGUGUCGGUCGGCUCGGUCCUCAUCCCAAAGACAUUUAAUUUCCAGUGGGAGGACUGUGUUACCGAAUGAUUCGCUCUUGGCCUCGACCGGCAAUGCUUGCAUUUCACGCGUCGAUGGCGGUUUAGGGCUUGUGAGGGGUUAUAUAACAUCCGUUGGAGCUGGGAAGCAGCUCGUUUCGAAUUCGUUCUUAUCGAAUUUCAAUUCCGUCCUCGCAAACCCUAGGGUUCGGCGCCUUUUCUCCAGCGACGCGCCCAAGAAGAAAAAGUAUGAGAAUUACUAUCCCAAGGAAAAGAAGGAAAUUCCAAAAGCGAAUGAACAGAAAUCCGAGUCUAAAGGGGACUCAAAUACUGGUGAUCAUGGCAAUUCCCAGGAGAACUUGGGGAGGAUGCUCCUAAAUGCUCUUGGGCCAUUAGGGAUCAUUGCCUUUAUGUUUUCAUCACUUUUUGCUGGUCCUCAUGAUCAGAAGCAGAUUAGUUUUCAAGAGUUCAAAAAUAAGCUACUUGAACCUGGUUUAGUGGAUCGUAUUGUUGUUGAAAACAAAUCAGUGGCUAAAGUAUACGUGAGGAGCUCGCCACGUACUAAAGAUCAAACCAAUGAAGAUGUCCAGAUUCCAAUUAAUGGUAAUCCUGCUAGAGGAAACUUAAGCCGGUCUAAAUAUUACUUCAACAUUGGAAGUGUUGAAUCUUUUGAGGAGAAGCUGGAGGAAGCGCAGGAAGCAUUAGGAAUGGACCCACAUGAUUAUGUUCCUGUUACAUAUGUAUCUCAGGUGAAUUGGUUCCAAGAAUUGUUGAGGUUAGCACCAACAGUAUUGCUUUUAGGAACCCUCUGGUUCAUGGGGAAAAGAAUGCAAAGUGGACUGGGUGGUGGUCCUGGUGGAAAAGGCGGCCGUGGAAUUUUCAACAUAGGGAAAGCUCAUAUAACAAAACUGGAUAAGAAUGCAAAAAACAAGGUGUAUUUCAAUGAUGUAGCUGGAUGCGAUGAGGCAAAGCAGGAAAUCAUGGAAUUUGUUCACUUCCUCAAGAAUCCAAAGAAAUAUGAGGAGUUGGGAGCGAAAAUUCCAAAAGGUGCACUUCUUGUCGGCCCUCCAGGCACUGGGAAGACGCUUCUUGCAAAGGCAACUGCAGGUGAAUCUGGAGUUCCUUUCCUGUCCAUUUCUGGGUCAGAUUUUAUGGAGAUGUUUGUUGGUGUCGGGCCAUCAAGGGUUAGAAGCUUAUUUCAAGAGGCAAGGCAAUGUGCACCAAGUAUAAUAUUUAUUGAUGAGAUUGAUGCAAUUGGUCGAGCUAGGGGCCGUGGAGGUUUUUCAGGUGGCAAUGAUGAGCGUGAAAGUACUCUCAAUCAAUUGCUUGUGGAAAUGGAUGGUUUUGGAACAACUUCUGGGGUGGUUGUACUUGCUGGCACUAAUAGGCCUGACAUUUUGGACAAAGCCCUGCUGAGGCCUGGUCGGUUCGAUCGUCAAAUUACAAUUGAUAAACCUGAUAUUAAAGGUCGUCAUCAGAUUUUUCAAAUUUAUCUGAAGAAGCUAAAACUGGAUCAUGAGCCAUCAUUUUACUCUCAAAGACUUGCUGCUCUUACUCCUGGAUUUGCUGGAGCAGACAUUGCAAAUGUUUGCAAUGAAGCUGCUUUGAUUGCUGCAAGGAAUGAGAGCAUAGAGAUCACUAUGGAACAUUUUGAGGCAGCUAUAGACCGUGUCAUAGGUGGUUUGGAGAAGAAGAACAAGGUAAUAAGCAAGUUGGAACGUCGUACUGUUGCCUACCAUGAGUCGGGUCAUGCUGUUGCUGGUUGGUUCUUGGAACACGCAGAACCCUUGCUUAAAGUUACUAUUGUUCCCCGUGGUACUGCGGCCCUGGGGUUUGCACAGUAUGUUCCCAAUGAAAAUCUAUUGAUGACAAAAGAGCAGCUCUUUGACGUGACUUGCAUGACCCUUGGUGGUCGAGCUGCUGAGCAGGUUUUGUUGGGAAAGAUCUCAACUGGAGCACAGAAUGACUUGGAGAAAGUGACCAAGAUGACCUACGCUCAAGUUGCAGUGUACGGUUUCAGUGACAAGGUGGGUCUUCUUUCUUUCCCUCAAAGGGAGGAUACAUUUGAGAUGGCCAAGCCCUAUAGCAGCAAGACUGGUGCAAUCAUAGAUGGUGAAGUUAGAGAGUGGGUGGCUAAGGCCUAUGAACGCACUGUCGAGCUGAUAGAGAAGCAUAAGGAGCAUGUUGCACAGAUUGCGGAGCUUCUGCUUGAAAAGGAGGUCCUUCAUCAAGAUGACUUGAUUCAAGUAUUAGGAGAGCGGCCAUUCCAGUCAAACGAGCCCACAAAUUAUGAUAGGUUUAAGCAAGGGUUCCAAGAAGAAGAUAAGGAGGGUAAAGAGACCGCCACCACAGAGGGCGGGACAGUGGACGAUGGCAGAUCACCACCACCUUUGGAACCAGACGUGGUGCCUGCAUAGCCUUGGAGAGGUUUGCAGUUGUAUAAAUAAUAAUAUAUAUAUAUAUAUAUAUUUUUUUUUUUUCUGGAAGUUAAAAUCGAUAGUUAGCCACUUUCUGAGAAUUGGAACUAACUCGUAAGAUUCUUGUUUGAAUUAAUUAGAGGGAGGAAAGUGGCCUGCUUUUGAAUCUUCUGAAUAUAAUUGGCAAAGACCAAAUAGAAAUGAUUUGAAUGAUAAUUUUUUACAAUUUUCCCUCGUAAA